ACCGUUUAUGAGCUCUAUACAAAUCACACCCGACUUCUAUGUACGUGCUUAUCAGCUUAUGUAUGCAUCUCUCUCUCUCUCUCUCUCUAUAUAUAUAUAUAUAUAUAUAUAUAUUAUAUAUAAGAAAGAAAAAGACAAUUUCAAAAUUUCAGGCGGCUGGGAAAUGGGAUUUAAGAAGAGGCCAAAGCGCAUGGUUUUCUGAAGAGAAGAAAAGCAUUCCCUUUUGGUCUCUCGCUCUCCCUCACACAGAGAAGAACAAGAGAGAGAGUGAGACGUUUUAAACAAACAGUCAUACCAGCUUAUCUUCAAUAGAACCAAACGAUGAGAGACCUCAAAGGAAGUGAUUACAGCGCUCUGGUUCUGAAACUAACGAGCAGUGGCCUGACAAAGGCGCAGAGGAGAUGGCGCAUUGCCUACACAGCCAUCUACUCCAUCAGGGCUAUGCUCUCUCUCCUUCGAGAAAUUGUUCCACAGAAAUCCCCCGAUGUCUCCCUCUCUGCCCCUUACGCGGACAGUGCAAUGAUCAACUCCAUUCCCGAGAUUGAGCAGGACCUGCUCUUCCAGAUUAUGAAGGAGAAGGACUUACGUGGCGUCACAACUCUUGGCGGAGUGGAGGGCGUGGCGGCUGCUCUCAGGACAAACCCCACGACAGGAAUCCACGGUAACGAACAAGAGCUUUCCAGACGGCAAGAGCUGUUCGGCUCAAACACAUAUCACAGGCCGCCUCCCAAAGGCCUUCUUUUCUUUGUCUCUGAAGCUUUUAAAGACACCACAAUCUUGAUCCUUCUGGCUUGCGCUAUUCUUUCACUUGGCUUCGGCAUUAAAGAACAUGGCAUAAAAGAAGGUUGGUAUGAAGGUGGGAGUAUCUCUAUAGCAGUCUUCUUGGUCAUAUCUGUCUCUGCGCUGAGCAAUUUUAGGCAAGAGAGACAGUUUGAUAAGCUGUCGAAUAUAAGCAACAAUAUCAAAGUGGAAGUCCUCAGAGAUGGACGUCGUCAGCUAAUCUCCAUCUUCGACGUUGUGGUUGGAGAUGUUGUCUUCUUGAAGAUCGGAGAUCAGAUUCCGGCGGAUGGGCUGUUCUUGGAUGGGCACUCUCUUCAUGUCGACGAGUCAAGUAUGACGGGAGAAAGUGACCAUGUAGAGGUGGAUCACAAGGAGAACCCAUUCUUGCUUUCAGGCACAAAGGUUGUGGAUGGAUUUGCUCAGAUGCUGGUCCUCUCCGUGGGGAUGAACACAACUUGGGGACAGACAAUGAGCUCCAUAAAUCAAGAUUUAAACGACAGCACUCCGUUACAAGUACGACUUGACACUCUCACAUCGACCAUCGGGAAAGUUGGCCUCAUGGUGGCAGCCCUUGUCCUAGUGGUGUUGUUAGUCCGUUAUUUCACAGGGAACACAGAAGGAAAGGAUGGUAAAAGAGAGUACAAUGGCAGCAAAACAUCUGUGGACCAUGUGUUUAAUGCUGUUGUGCGGAUAAUAGCGGCUGCAGUCACCAUUGUCGUGGUGGCUAUUCCGGAAGGUUUACCUUUGGCCGUGACUCUAACACUGGCUUACUCCAUGAAGAGAAUGAUGUCUGAUCAGGCGAUGGUCAGAAAGCUCUCGGCAUGCGAGACGAUGGGCUCGGCCACAGUGAUCUGCACUGAUAAAACAGGCACGUUAACACUGAACGAGAUGAAGGUGACCAAGUUCUGGGUUGGUCAAGAAUCAAUCCAUGAAGAUUCAUGCAAUAUGAUAUCCUCAGAUGUUCUCGAGUUGUUUUACCAAGGUGUUGGUCUGAACACAACAGGUAGUGUAUGCGUAUCUGACUCAGGGUCGACGCCUGAGUUUUCGGGCAGCCCAACUGAGAAGGCGCUCAUUUCUUGGGCUGUGCUGAAACUUGGCAUGGAUAUGGAGUCAGUGAAGCAAACCCACCACGUUCUGCAAGUUGAAACCUUCAAUUCAACAAAGAAACGGAGCGGAGUUUUACUCCGUAGAAAAUCUGACAACACAGUCCAUGUACACUGGAAAGGAGCAGCCGAGAUGAUCUUGGCCAUGUGUUCCAGCUAUUACAAAGCCAAUGGAUCAGUUGACUCCAUGGACUCCAACACGAAAAACAGAUUCGAGACAAUAAUCCAAGGGAUGGCAGCCAGUAGCCUCAGAUGCAUAGCAUUUGCCCAUAAAGUAACAUCAGAAGACUCGGGGAUAGAGGAAGAAGGCUUGAGCUUAAUGGGGAUUGUGGGGCUCAAGGAUCCAUGUAGACCUGGUGUUGCAAAAGCCGUGGAAGCUUGCAAACUCGCGGGAGUCAACAUCAAGAUGAUAACUGGAGAUAAUGUUUUCACGGCGAAAGCAAUAGCUAUGGAAUGCGGGAUACUUGAGCAUGGGGACCAGGAUGAUGAUAAGGAGGUUGUCGUAGAUGGUGUUCAGUUCAGAAACUAUAAUGACGAAGAGAGAAUCCAAAAAGUAGAUAAGAUCAGGGUUAUGGCGAGGUCCUCUCCAUCUGACAAGCUUCUGAUGGUAAAGUGUUUGAGACAGAAGGGCCACGUGGUAGCUGUCACCGGAGAUGGCACCAACGACGCACCUGCACUUAAAGAAGCAGAUAUUGGUCUCUCUAUGGGAAUCCAAGGCACGGAAGUGGCAAAAGAAAGUUCAGACAUUGUCAUCCUAGAUGACAACUUCGCAUCUGUGGCUACUGUCUUAAAAUGGGGAAGGUGUGUCUACAACAAUAUCCAGAAAUUCAUACAGUUUCAACUCACAGUGAACGUGGCCGCUCUUGUGAUCAAUUUCAUAGCGGCGGUUUCAGCAGGAGAGGUACCAUUGACAACAGUUCAACUGCUAUGGGUGAACCUCAUCAUGGACACUCUAGGAGCUCUGGCUCUCGCCACUGAGCGACCUACAAACGAGCUCCUGAAGCAAAAGCCAGUGGGCAGAACUGAGCCCCUUAUAACAAACAUAAUGUGGAGGAAUCUCCUGGCUCAGUCACUUUAUCAGAUAACCAUACUCUUGAUUUUCCAAUUCAAGGGUAGGUCUAUCUUCAACGUGAGCAAGGAAGUGAAAGACACUCUCAUAUUCAACACUUUCGUGCUCUCCCAGGUUUUCAAUGAAUUCAACUCAAGGGAGAUGGAAAAAAGAAACGUGUUCAAAGGUAUUCACAGGAACAAGUUGUUCAUAGGAAUCAUAGCCAUCACAAUCCUUCUUCAAGUCAUUAUGGUGGAAUUCCUAAAGAAGUUUGCUGAUACUGUAAGGCUGACCGGGUGGCAAUGGGGUGUUUGCAUUGGACUUGCAGCUCUUUCUUGGCCAAUAGGCUUUUUCAUGAAGUUCAUACCCGUUUCCAAAACACCUUUCCUCUCUUACCUAAAGAGUCCAACAUCUUUGUUUAAAAGUUCAGAAGGCUCCUCCCUCUUAGAUAAACCACUUAGGCAUAGGUAGAUACCCAGCUAACAGUU